AUGGAAGAACCCACGGUGCCAUUUGAUUUUAUUUGGCACCACAACAGAACGUUCUCCCGUCUAUGUCAAAACCCUGAUAAUGACGCCCAGGAAACGGAUCUAACCAAGGCAACAGCAGUAGUGGUGGUGCAAGCUAUAAAUACAAUUGAGCUAUAUCAUUCAAACAGCGCACAGCUGAAUAUAUCCAAGAGAAGAGAAGCGAAAAUUGCAGAGUAUACAUUUUGGAAGAUGAGGACGAUGUUACUAGCAUUUGGAUUGCUACUGAGCAUGUCCAUAGUGGAAUGUACUAGGCAUAGUGAUGUUGCAGGAAUCCUGGCAUCAUGUAAUCCAACCGGAUAUUUGAAUGGCAACUCCCACAACUGCAAUCAUGAACACGGCUCAGAUUGCUGCCAGUCGGGUAAGCGAUACCCAAAGUACAAAUGCUCACCCUCCGUGACAGGCACUACUGCCGCCACGCUCACACUGAAUGGUUUUCAGAAGAGGGAAGACGGAGGAGGGCCUUCGGAGUGCGAUGGGAACUACCACAAUGACAACGAUCUGGUGGUUGCUCUUUCCACAGGCUGGUACGCCGGUGGAAGCCGCUGUCACGACUUCAUACUCAUCACCAAUCCAGACAAUGGACGAACUGCGCGGGCCAUGGUGGUGGAUGAGUGCGACUCAGUCUCUGGGUGUGACAAGGAUCACGACUUCCAACCCCCUUGUAAUAACAACAUCGUAGAUGCCUCUCCAGGCGUAUGGAAAGCCUUGGGGGUCGACAAUUACGAUGAUGUUGGUGAGAUGAGCAUCACUUGGUCUGAAACUUAA